AUGAAGUAUCUGGGCCUCACCUUGGAUGGGCUCUGGAGAUUUGAGCAACAUUUUGCCAACAUAAUCCCUAGAGCGGACAGGAUGGCAGCAGCCCUAGGUCGCCUCCUGCCCAACGUGGGUGGUCCGAGCUCCAAAAUAAGGAGACUCUACGCAAAUGUCGUGCAGUCGGUGUCCCUCUACGGGGCACCGAUAUGGGCAAAAAAAGUCGCGGCCAGUCGGCGGAUCAAAGCAAUGAUCCAUCGUCAGCAGCGCCGACUAGCCAGAAGGAUCAUACGAUCCUACUGCACGGCAUCGUUCGCGGCGACCACGGCCAUGGCGGGCGUCGUUCCGGUAGAGUUCCUGGCGAACUCGUACGCCGAGGUACUCACUGGACACGGUUGCUUCGGUGACCACCUUUGCAGGAUAGGGAAAGAGCACACGACAGAGUGCCACCACUGUGCGGCCAGUCGGGACUCGGCGCAGCAAACCCUCGCGGAAUGCGAGGCGUGGGCGAGGGAGCGUCGGGCCCUGACUACAGUGGUCGGCAAAGACCUCUCUCUCACAGCACUGUUUCGAGCAAUGCUAGAGGGAGAAGAAAAAUGGCAGGCCGUCUUCUCCUUCUGCACGCAAGUUAUGCAGCAGAAGGAGGAGGCGGCGACGGGGCUAACUCCCAACCUGUUAAGAGGAGGAGAAGGAGAGUAG